AUGAAGCUGUUCACGGACGGCAUGACGAACAAGCUGGUGGGCUGCUCGCGAGGGGACGGCAGCGAGGACGUGGUGCUCGUGCGCGUGUACGGCAACAAGAGCGAGCUGUUUGUCGACAGGGACAGCGAGCUGGAGAGCUUCCAGGUGCUGCAGGCCUACGGCUGCGCGCCCCGCCUCUACUGCACCUUCCUCAACGGCUUCUGCUACGAGUUCGUGCACGGCCACGUUCUCGACACGGCGCUGGUUCGACAGCCGGACAUCUUCAG